UUAAGUCGUGGUAACUUAAAUCCCAAGCUAAUCCCGCAGACACGUCACCUUUCCCAUGUCAAUUUGCAAUUUAAAUUCACAAUUUUUCAAUAUAACUCAAUCAGUGCAAAAUUUCGAAAUUAUUUUCAAAUUAUUUCAUAUCUGUCCUUUACUUCGUGUCAGGGUGAAGGAAGACGAAUGUGACGACGUGGGGGCACCGGCACGGUUAUAUCUCGCACAAAAGCAUCACUACAGUCAAUAUUUAACUUGAAUUUUUGUGACCGGCUGUUUAUUAGUUAGUAGUUGUUUAGAGUGUUUUGGUGGGUGUGGUGCUUAUCAUCGUUGGAGAGUAGAAGGGAUGUCAUCUACAUCGAUUUGGGCCAGAGUUGGAGGGAUGAUAAGCGGAAGUAUGAUGCAGUGGUCGUUCUUGGUUUUGUUGCUUCUCUCGUGGUCCAGUUUUCUGGAGGUUGCCUCAGUGGAACUGACCUUUGAACUUCCAGACAAUGCCAAAGAAUGUUUUCAUGAGAAUAUUAAGAAAGACGUUUCUAGUACUUUUGAGUUUCAAGUGGUAACAGGGGGACAAUAUGACGUCGACGUAUCGAUAGAGGCACCAAAUAAAGAGAUAAUUUAUAAAGAAGUCAAGAAACAAUACGACACUUUUACCUGGGUCCCUUCAGUUUCUGGCGUGUUCACAUUCUGCUUCUCUAACGAAUUUUCUACUUUCUCUCACAAACUAAUCUAUUUGGAUCUACAAGUUGGAGAUGAGGCUCCACUUCCGGGACUGGGGGAGCAUGCCACUGCUUUGACGCAGGUAACCCAGUUGGAAUCUUCUGCUCAACAAAUUCACGAGAAUUUAAAUGGCGUCUUGGACUAUCAGACGCAUCACAGACUAAGAGAAGCACAAGGAAGAAAGCGAGCCGAGGAUCUUAACGAAAGGGUCCUGCUCUGGUCCGUAUGCGAGACGGUAGCUGUACUUGUGAUAGCUGUUGGCCAAGUCGUCGUUUUGAGAAAUUUCUUUGCCGAAAGGAGGCCUUCUGAAAUGAGAAAUCCACUAUUCGCCAGAUAAACCAAACAAAUUAUUAAUCUCUGUGCUGCCUAAUAUCGACGAAUAAUACAGAAACAGUCAAAAGUUAUCAUCAUUGAUGAUUCAUCAAUCACAAGCAAGAUUAUUACAACAAAUUGGAUUGUAGUUUAGAUUUUGUCCAUCAUCAGAGAGUUUUGUCUCAACGUCAAUUUUACUUCAAUAUCUACUUUAGUCUCAUUCAGGCUUUAUUAUUCGCAUCGUGUGUCACUCUCAAUACAUUAUUUAGUGCAUUGUGUGUGUGUGUAAAAUUAUCAAUAUAAACAGAGGUCGAAAAUCCUAAUGAUUUAACUAGACUUGUAGUAGUAAACGUGCAUAUUACAUAUAUGAUUUUUUGUCAAAUUUAGUACGUAAAUUGUACAAUAUAGUUCCGGAUGAUACGACGAUAUACAUAGUUAAAUCUACAAGAAAGACCUUUGUAUUGUACAUAUAUUAUCAAAUUAAUCAUAUAUUAUUAUACAUGGAUGAAUGAAAGAUUUAAUUACCUAAAUAUAUAAUCCACAACUUAUUUUGAUUGUACUGACUGAAAUGAGAGUAAAUUCAUUAGAAAAUCGAUACAUAUUUAGUUGAUCAAAAUCAGUUGAUUGAUUUGGAAUUGAUAAAGGAAAUAAGGUCCCAAUUCUUCCUUUGUUCAAUUUACUUUCCACGUCCCUACAUUAAAUACCUAUACAUUGGACAACCUAAUCAAAUCAAUGUUAAGGGGGGUAGUACCCUUCGUUUUGUAAAUUGUAAUGUUCCUCAUGCUAUAUAAAAUUCAAAAUUGAAUAAAUAAGACAACCCAGCCAA